AUGGUUCACUUCAGAGAUGGAAUGUGGCUCCCCGCAAAGGACAUGUGGGUUGAGUAUGCCGAGGAAGUCUACGAAAUAACACCACGGGUGGACGGUAAAGGGCUGAGCCUGCUAUGUCCCACGAAGAAGAUCCUCAGGCGCGGCGAUACUUUAAACAGAAGCACUGUCACCUUGGACAUCAACGCCGAGGCGGACGGAAUCAUCUCUGUCGAGGCCACGCAUUGGGCCGGUGCUCUGAACAAGGGCCCUCACUUCGAGCUCUUUCCCCACGGUCGGCCAGAUGUCCAGAGCAGCAUCUUCGAGUCCGACGAAGGAACCACUCUCACUUCCGGCUCCGUAGCCGCAACCAUCGACCCGAAUACUUUCGAGAUUCGCUUCCACAGCGCAGACGGGGCAAAGCGGCUCACCUCCCUGCAGACCCGAAGCGUCGGCCUGGCCUACAACCCUGCGCCAAGUACGCCGAUGCAGACCGCCGAUAUGCGAAACCUCAAGCACUACAUGUUCACCCAGACCACCCUUGCCGUCGGGGAGACUGUCCACGGUCUUGGCGAGAGGUUUGGUGCCUUUAAUAAGGUCGGCCAGUCCAUCACACUCUGGAAUGCCGACGGCGGUACCUCCAGCGACCAGGCCUACAAGAACGUUUCCUUCUGGCUUAGCAGUAAGGGAUACGGCAUCUUCAUCGACACCCCGGCCAAGGUUGAACUGGAAGUCGGCAGCGAGAGGUGCACGCGAGUCCAGACCGCUGUGGAGGGCCAGCGACUCAAGUGGCACAUCAUCUAUGGUCCUUCCCCCAAGGAGGUUCUGCAAAGGUAUUCCAUCUUGACGGGGAAACCCGGCAAGGUUCCCAGCUGGAGCUUUGGCCUCUGGCUGACCACCAGCUUCACCACCAACUACGACCAGGAAACGGUCCAGUCCUUCCUGGAGGGCAUGAAAGCCCGUGGGUCGCCCGUAGAGGUCUUCCACUACGAUUGCUUCUGGAUGAAGGCGUUCACAUGGACCAGCUUCGUCUUCGACGACGACAGGUUCCCGGACCCCAAGGGUCAGAUCGCCAAGCUCAAGGAGUCUGGUCUGUGCAAGAAGGUCUGCGUCUGGAUCAACCCGUACAUUGCACAACAAGGUGCCGCUUUUGCCGAGGCUGCCGAGAAGGGCUACCUCCUCAAGCGAAAGAACGGCGACGUUUGGCAGUGGGACCUGUGGCAGGCCGGCAUGGGCCUGGUGGAUUUCACCAACCCCGAAGCCGUCACCUGGUACGUCGACAAUCUCAACAAGCUCUUCGACCAGGGGGUCGACUCCAUCAAGACGGAUUUUGGUGAACGGAUUCCGACCCUGGACGUCGAGUGGCACGACAAGUCGGUGGAUCCCGCCAAAAUGCACAACUACUACGCCUUCAUCUACAACAAGAUCGUCUACGAGGCUCUGCAGGCAAGGUACGGCAAGAACGAGGCCGUCCUCUACGCGAGGACCGCCUGCGCCGGCACUCAGCGCUUCCCUCUCCAGUGGGGCGGAGACUGCGAGUCAACCCCCGAGGCCAUGGCCGAGUCGGUCCGCGGCGGUCUGGGCCUGGGCCUGAGCGGCUUCUCCUUCUGGAGCUGCGACAUUGGCGGCUUCGAGGGAUGCCCGCCGGCUUGGAUCUACAAGCGCUGGGUAGCCAUGGGUCUCCUCUGCAGUCACAGCCGGCUACACGGAAGCAGCUCCUACCGCGUACCCUGGGUCAUGGACGACGACGACCAGACCGAGGAGGGCUGCUCUCGGACGCUUGCCAAGUGGACCGCGCUCAAGUCGCGGCUCAUGCCGUACCUGUUCGCCGAGGCGCAGAAGUCGGUGGAACAGGGUCUGCCGUUGUCGCUCAGGGCAGUACUGGUUGAGUUCCCUGAGGAUCCAACGUCGUGGUUCCUGGACAGACAGUUCAUGGUGGGGCCCAACCUGCUUGCGGCCCCCGUAUUCGAGGAGUCGGGCGAGGUCGAGUUCUACCUGCCCCAGGGCAAAUGGACUUCUUAUUUCACGGGGGAAGUCCGCGACGGGCCCGGCUGGUUCAGGGAGAAACAUGGAUUCGGUACUCUGCCGCUCUACGUUAGGGAGAAUACGGUGCUCGUCCUGGGUAGCGAAAAAGCUGUGGGCGCCGUCUACGAUUAUACCGAAGAUGUCGAGGUCCGGUUAUACCAAGUCCGCGAGGGCGCAAAGGCUUCGCUCGUCGACACGGAAGGCAAUGAGGUGGGUGUUCUGGAAGUGGGCAGUGACGGGAAGCUCAAGGAUGUGUCGGUGCUCAAGGGGAACUUCGCUGUCAAGGAGCUGUAG